AUGUGGCCACUCAGGAGGAUCAAAACCGCACCGAGAUCAAGGAGCUUCUCCUGCUCGUCCUUCAAGGACAUCCAGAACCUCUGCACCGAAGAGUCCGAGCCCGAACCCGACUCCCCAAGGACCCCCUCCAUUUUCCACCGGGUCCGGAUCUCCAGCUGGGCCCACCGCAAUGCGGCACCGCCAUCGCCACCCACCCUCCACCACCACCGUCGCUCCUCCGCCUCGUCCCUCAAGUCCAAGCACCCCCCCGGCUCCUCCGACGAGGAGAAGCCCGCCGUCGUUGUCUACUUCACAAGCCUCCGCGUGGUCCGCAAGACCUUCGAGGACUGCCGCGCCGUCCUGUCGAUCCUCCGCGGGCUCCGCGUCCCCGUGGACGAGCGCGACCUGUCGAUGGACUCCAGGUACGUGGCGGAGCUGCAGGGCAUCCUGGGCCGCGGGAGGCUGUCCCUCCCCUGCGUCCUCGUCGGCGGGCGGCUCGUGGGCGGCGCCGAGGAGGUCCGGAAGCUGCACGAGAGCGGCGAGCUGAGGUCGCUGGUCGCCGGCCGCGCGUCGCCCGAGGCGGGGCCCGGCGCGUGCGACCCUUGCGGAGGGCUGAGGUACGCGGUGUGCGAGAGGUGCAGCGGGAGCUGCAAGAUCUACUCGGACAAGCACGGGUUCAAGAGCUGCAAGGCCUGCAACGUCAACGGCCUCAUCAGAUGCCCCUCUUGCUCCUCUUGCUCCUCUUACUGA